AUGUUCAACUUCAUACCAUCCAUCGAUCUCACCCCCUUCACCAUCCUCCUCACCCUCACCCUCCUCUCCCUCCUCCUCCUAACCCACCACACCAUAACCACCCUGCACACCCACCCCCUAAACAAAUACCCCGGCCCACUCCACUGGCGCCUCUUCGACCUCCCCUCCCUCCUCUCCCUCACCCUCGGCCACCUCCCGCACGACCUCCACACCCUCCACAAACACCACGGCCCAGUGAUCCGCACCUCCCCCACCUCCCUCUCCUUCACCUCCCCCCUUGCCUGGAACGACAUCUACACCCGCGACCGACUCUUCCUCCGCCCACCGCAACUCAAAGACCAACCGCCCGGAAAAACAGCCCUGAAUCUAAUCGCCUGUUCGGAGGAGGAACAUGCCCGACUGCGGAGGGUUCUUGCGCAGGGGUUUGCAGCCAAGGCGGUGAGGGCGCAGGAGGGGGUGGUGGGGGGGUUGAUUGAUGUUUUUGAGGGGAAAAUAGAUGAGAGGAUUGAUGGCGGGGGAGGAAAAGGGUAUGUGGAUGUUGAUGUGGUGGAGUGGGUGAAUUAUCUCUCUUUUGAUGUGAUUGGGAAGGUAACGUGGGGGAGGUCGUUUGGGUGUUUGGAUGGGUUGAGAUAUGGGUCGUGGAUUCAGACGGUGAGGCAGUUUAAGGCGGCGGUUGUGGUGGGGGCGUUGAAGUAUUAUCCGUUUCUGUAUUGGGUGGUUAUGAGGAUUACCCCGCCGGGGGUGUUACGGGGGGUUAUGGAGAUGUGGAGGGUUACGGGGGAGAGGGGGAUGAGUGUUGAGGAGAUGGAGGUAAAUUCUAUGUUGAUUGUUGCGGCGGGGAGUGAGUCGAUUACUACUGUGAUUACGGGGACGGUGAAUUAUUUGCUAAGGGAGCCGGAGAAGAUGCGGAGGUUGGUCGAGGAGAUUAGGGGGCGGUUUGGGACUGAAGAGGAGAUAACGGGGACGAGGGUCAAGGGCUUGCCGUAUUUGGAUGCCGUGUUGAGUGAGGGCAUGAGGCUUUGUCCGACGAUUCCGGAUGGAAUGCGCAGGUUGGUUCCCGAGGGAGGAGCCGUGGUGGCGGGGGAGUUUUUGCCUGGGGGCACCACCGUGUCGGUGUGUCAGUGGGCGAGUUAUCGGGAUGAGAGGAAUUUUUGUUUUCCGGAUGAGUUUGCCCCGGAGAGGUGGUUGGAGGAGGAGGGGGGGAAGAGGUUUGAAGGGGAUGUGAAGAGCGUGUUUAAUCCGUUCUCGUUGGGAGCGCAUAAUUGUCCCGGGCAGAAUUUGGCGUGGUUGGAGUUGAGAUUGAUUCUGGCGAGGUUGCUUUGGAGGUAUGAUUUGUCGAUUCCACCGGGGGUGGAAUUGCCUCGAUGGGAGGAGCAAGGCAUCUGGUGGUUUUGGGAUAAGAAGCCUACUUUGGUGCGGUUUAGUCGGUUUAGAUAG